GCUGGAAAUAGAAAAUCGAGGCGGGAUUUCUGCCGACCAGGAGGACAGCAACUAUCCACCGUUGGACUGUUCGGAUUUUCGCGGCCUGGCGGAUCGCUUCAUGUUGGAGACGAGGAAACAACACUGCUCAGUAAUUACUUCCCUUUGGACGGGUUUUAUACAAGUGUGACGCCACCACAAAUUCGCCGUCAUAUGAAAACGGUCUGCAAAGUUACGGAACAUUACUUGACUUGGCCCUGGUCAGGAAGAGGACCAAAAUAGUUGUGAGAGGCCAUGGCCUGCUCAAACUACAGCAGCCUGAGCAGGGCACAGCUCACCUUUGAGUACCUACAUACAAACUCCACAACACAUGAGUUUUUAUUUGGAGCCUUGGCAGAACUUGUGGACAAUUCCAGAGAUGCAAAUGCCACACGAAUAGAUAUUUAUACAGAGAAAAGGCCAGAGCUGCGGGGAGGCUACAUGCUCUGUUUUCUCGAUGAUGGCGUAGGAAUGGACCCUAGUGAGGCAACCCAUGUCAUUCAGUUUGGAAAGUCAAGCAAACGAUCACUGGAGUCCUCUCAGAUUGGCCAAUAUGGAAAUGGCCUAAAAUCGGGCUCAAUGCGUAUGGGAAAAGACUUCAUAUUGUUCACAAAAAAGGGGAAUUCGCUCACUUGUCUUUUUUUGUCACGGACUUUCCAUGAAGAGGAGGAAUUGGAUGAGGUGAUUGUACCCCUCCCUUCCUGGGACAUGAAAACUAAAGAGCCGCUGACCUCUGACCCUGAGAAGUACGCUAUAGAGACGGAGCUCAUCUUCAAAUACUCGCCAUUUAAAAAUGAAAUGCAGCUCAUGGAACAGUUUAACAAGAUAGAAAGUAGUAGUGGUACUCUUGUAAUUAUCUAUAAUCUAAAAUUAAUGGACAAUGGAGAACCAGAGCUGGACAUAGAGACAGAUCAUCAGGACAUAUUGAUGGCAGGAACACCUGCUGAAGGAGUGAAGCCAGAGAGGAGGUCAUUCAGAGCAUAUGCAGCUGUUUUAUACAUUGACCCACGUAUGAGGAUUUUUAUCCAGGGACAUAAAGUCAGAACUAAGAGACUGUCCUGUUGUCUUUAUAAACCAAGAGUUUAUAAAUACUCAUCAACUCGGUUCAAAACCCGUGCUGAGCAAGAAGUCAAGAAGGCCGAUCAUCUUGCAAAGAUUGCGGAGGAAAAAGCAAGAGAAGCAGAGAGUAAGCGCAUUGCUAUGGAGGCCAAACUCGGAGAGGAUCUGUCAAAAGAUUCACGGGCAGUUCUGAGGAAGGUUCAGGAUUCAGCCAUGAUGCUUCGACGGGAUGCUGAGAUAAAGAAAAUGAAACUGGAAGCCAAACAGAAGGCCUUGAAAGAACCCAAGGAACUGCAUUUUAUAUUUGGGGUGAACAUAGAACAGAGAGAUCUGGAUGGGAUGUUUGUGUACAACUGUUCUCGACUCAUCAAAAUGUACGAGAAGACUGGACCACAACUGGAGGGAGGCAUGGCUUGUGGAGGUGUUGUUGGAGUUGUUGAUGUCCCAUAUUUAGUUCUAGAGCCAACUCACAACAAACAAGACUUUGCAGAUGCAAAGGAAUAUCGGCAUUUACUAAAAUCCAUGGGGGAACAUCUAGCUCAGUACUGGAAGGACUCCAACAUUGCUCAGAAAGGCAUAGCGAAGUUCUGGGAUGAGUUUGGUUAUUUGUCUGCCAGCUGGUCUGCACCUCCUUCAUCAGAGCAAAGAUACAAGAGGCGUCGUGCUAUGGAGAUACCACUGACUAUACAGUGUGAUAAAUGUUUAAAGUGGAGAACACUACCAUUCCAGAUGGAUGCUGUAGACAAACGCUACCCCGACAGCUGGGUGUGUCUCAUGAACCCUGAUAGCAGCCAGGACAGGUGUGAUGCUCCUGAACAGAAACAGAAUUUACCAUGUGGUGUUCUGAAAAAAGACAAACCAACUGCUGAAGACAAACAGAAAGAGCUGGCAGAGAAAAUUAAACAACAGCAGGAGAAAUUAGAGAACUUGCAGAAAACCAGCACUAUCAAGUCUGCAGCAGACCUAAAGAAACUACCACUGGAAGUCAGCAUGAAACCAACAGAAAGUUCCUCUCAGGCCACAAGGUCUUCUGAGAGGACUGUAACGCGCCCCCGUUCCCCACCGCUCCCAGCUCACCUCAAGAAUGCCCCGAGUGCCCCUCCAACUCGCGCUCCUUCGCAACGCCCCACCCGGACUCCUGCACCUCCGCCAAGCAAACCAGAGCCAUCCAGGUCCAGAUCUGCAGCAAAGCCCCCUCCACCUCCAGUAAAGCCCUCCCCCAAAGCUGUAGCCAAAACACCCCCACCCACUCGCAGCUCUCGGACUCCUGCCAAAGCAUCAUCUGCCAAAACAGCAGCAACUGGGCAACGUAAGAGAAUAAUAGAGCAGGAAGAUAGUGAGGAAGAGGAAGAAGAAGAGGAAGAAGACGAGGAGGAGGAGGAGGAGGAAGAAGAUGAAAGUGAGGACAGUGAAGAAGAACCACAGACAAAGAAAUCCAAGAUGGCUACCACAGCUGGUAACCGAGGGAAGGUGGUCGAGAAGGCUCCAGCUGUCAAACGUAGCAAAUUGGACGAGGUUAAAACACAUUCCCAGCAUGAGAAGAAAGGCAUUACCACUCCUACACGGCAGACACCAUCCACUCCAACUUCUGUCCCUAAAACUAUUUCCACACAACAGCAUGGGGCUAAAGCCAAGACAUCUGAAAAGGCUCAGCAGGAACCAGAGAACAACGCUAAAAAUGCUCAGAAAGAUAAGGGUCUACUAGUUGAAGUGCGUGUCAAUAAGGAAUGGUUCACAGGCAAAGUUAUUGCUGUUGAGGCAAAUAAACAGACUGUUCGCUGGAAAGUGAAGUUUGACUAUGUACCUAGAUCCACACCUAAGGAUAGAUGGGUGUUUAAGGGUAGUGAUGAAGUCCGGUUGAUGCGGCCACCAUCUCCAAUCUCUCAAACACCUGAUACCCAGCAGGAAACGGAAAAAGGACCUGCACGAAUGGAGCCAGACACGACUCAACCAGGAACCAGUCGGGAAGUGACCGACAGCCUGGUUACCAUGUUGAGGACAAUGCUGCGUUACUUUUUUCCUCCUGCUUUUCGGAUUCCAAAAGACGAUGUCAACAGUAUGACAGCUGAGGAGUUGGUGGCCUUUCCUUUGAAAGAAUAUUUCCAGCAGUAUGAAUCAGGUUUGCAGUCGUUGUGCAACUCGUAUCAGAGCAGAGCUGAUGCCAGAGCCAAGGCUGUAGAAGAGAAAAGUAACAGCACUGAGAUCAAAUUAAAAGAAGCAGAUGAGAAACUACAGAAACUACGAACAAACAUUGUAGCACUCCUACAGAAAGUGCAAGAGGACAUCGACAUUAACACAGAUGAUGAGCUUGAUGCCUACAUUGAAGACCUUCUCACAAAGGGCGAUUAAAGAAGUUAAGAAGAAGGAAGUGACACAUGCACAUCAACAGACUGGCAGUUUUCAUUCCAGCUGUGUCUUCCUGACUGCUCUCUGAGAACAUAUUCUUUGUUCCUGCUCAUGUACAGGGUCUACUAUGAAUACUUGGAGAUAUUGUUAAUCCUUCCACUUUUUAAAUCAGUUUGAGCUUUGGUUUUGAUCAGUCAGCACUGCUGUGCUGUUUCAGUUUGGGCAGGUUCUCUGGUGUUUCCGCAUUGCUCAGUGGUCUUCUGACCUGUGGUUUUCUUUAGUCUUUCUUUUUAUAUACCAGCUUAUAUAUGUUGUAUGUCUAAGUCUAUGUUUAAGUCAUCCUAUUCAUUGUUGAAAGGAUUUGUUUAGGUUUAAAACAGUUUAUAUUCCUUUUACAAAGUCACCUUAUACUGUGACAAACCGUAAGUGUUUGGAUACGUUUUUCAUUUUGAUCCAUAUUUCUGUAAGAAGUGAACGCCAUCUGACUCAGCGCUCUGGUUCAUCUGUUCUGUGCUCUGCACAGCAGUUUGUAUUUAAACAUUGACUUUUAUUUUUGUACACUAAAAACACAUUGGUGUUGCCCAUGGUCUUUCUCCAUCCCGGUCUGCCCAACGAGCAGACCAGAGAAGUCUUUUACAGCUGGGUGCUGUGUCACACCCACAAACAACUACUUACUGGGUUUUAUCAGUAUAAAAUUUCCUUUAAAUCCCUCCUACAUUGAAGCUAUAAUUGUUCUGUGUUUAUUUUUGAGGAAAAAAAAAACAUCUGUUAUUGCAAAACUUGUGUUCAGUGCCUGUGUCAGAUUUUUAACAUGUCAUGGAAAUGUUUUAUUAAACGGUGCAUGCUUUCUGUCUUUUUGUUCUGGUUGGAACAAAGGAUUGUGUAUUUUUGACAAAUCUUUACUUAGAACAAUAAAACUGUUUCAGCAACACCUUUAAUGAA